AGCGACUGAAGUGUGUGGCUGCAAUGUUUGUGGGUUAGAUGAGAAACAAGCGCUGAGUGAAACGGAGAAGGGGGGGCAGCUGGUGUGAUUUGUUUGGUGUUGGGAGCCAAUAGAAAUCCCAGACCGUGAUAAUAUCCCGUGCAGCGGCAAGAGGAGUCAGAGCGAAGUCUGCCGGGCUGCGCUCGCGUCUGCAGGCCAGGCCGGGCUGGCACCGAGCGCCUCCCGCGGCCCCGCGCCCCGCGCUUCUCCUAUGGGCGUCUGCUGGGCUCCGUGUGCGGUGCCUCGGAGCGCGGCCGCGGGAGACCCGACUUGGACCCCGCUGUGGACUAUAUCACCCCAAGGCGAGGGAGAGAGAAGGGGCCCGAGGAGGAGGCUCCAUCACGUCAUUGCAGAAUGCUCUGGAAGCUCGCUCUCUCCCUCUUCCUGGUGGCCGUGCUGGUGAAGGCGGCUGAAGCCCGGAAGAACCGGCCGGCAGGCGCCAUCCCCUCUCCUUACAAGGACGGCAGCAGCAACCACUCGGAGAGAUGGCAGCACCAGAUCAAAGAGGUGCUGGCCUCCAGCCAGGAGGCGCUGGUGGUGACGGAGCGCAAGUACCUCAAGAGUGACUGGUGCAAGACGCAGCCGCUGCGGCAGACGGUGAGCGGGGAGGGCUGCCGCAGCCGCACGAUCCUCAACCGCUUCUGCUAUGGCCAGUGCAACUCCUUCUACAUCCCGCGGCACGUGAAGAAGGAGGAGGAGUCCUUCCAGUCCUGCGCCUUCUGCAAGCCCCAGCGCGUCACCUCGGUCCUCGUGGAGCUCGAGUGCCCGGGGCUCGACCCGCCCUUCCGACUCAAAAAGAUCCAGAAGGUGAAGCAGUGCCGCUGCAUGUCCGUGAACCUGAGCGACUCGGACAAGCAGUGAGCAGGCGGGACGUAGCUCCGCGCCGCCGCCGCCGCCUCCGCCGCCGCCGCCCGUGUCCCGAGCUCCCGCACACGCUGUCUGCGUCCCCCUGGGCGGCCAGUCUCUCGGGGCUGACGGAGUCCUUGCCACGAGCGUGGACCCCAAGUGGCGCUUGGCUGCUGUGUUCCCGACCGACUGGGGCCCCGCCUGCGCGUCCAAACCAGGUCGUGGCUCAGGCGUGACAAAGCGCCACCCGGCAGUCAGAAAGGACUCACAGGGCAUGCGCUGCGACCCCGGCCUGGAUGCUUCCACCAUGUGGAGGCGAGUAUUUCUCUGGCCGCGCUUUACACUCCAGCUCGCUCCUUCCCGUGCGAUGGAGGCAUCACUCUUGUGAGGAGCCCCUCAAACUUCUCCUGCUGGUCCCUGGACCUCUGGCAGGUGGGGCGCGUGCAUUCCUGUGAUUCCAGUGCUGCCCUGGGCUGCUGCUGCGACGCUGGUGUGGACACUGUCCAUGAAAGAGAUGUCGGUGGACGGGAGUCUCCUGAUAAACCUGACAGCAAGAAGACUCCAUGAGCAACUGGGAUCACGGAAGUGGGGGCCUCGCUGUCCGGACAGGCCACGCCUUCCCCACCUGCAGACGCCACCACCUCUUCCUCCCCCGUCCCCACCUGUGGACUCGAGAUGAACUCUAGUGUGCAUGCUAUUGUCGCUGCAGUUAUCCCACACAAGGUCUCUAUAUUAACGCUGGUUUUAUAAUUGACCUAUAUUGUAAAGAGCUGUUAAAAAAAAAAGUAUUCUAGAUCUAUCCAUGUAUUGUUUCACGUGUCUUGACCCUGGCUUUGCAGGAUCCUUCUGAGUAGGGUGCAGAUCAGGUGAUGAUCUGCCCAGAAGGUAUUGUACUCAGAAGUCAUGCCUGGCCAGCAAUUCACUGCCAUGCACCUAUUUUAGAUUGGGCAGGGAGAUGGGGAAAGUCAUGAUUUUAUUUUAAAUACUACAUCACUGAAGGUACUAAAGCAUUGCAGCACAUGUAGAAAUUGAGCUGGGAUGAGUGAGUGUAGGGAGGGAGAUUUACUGGGAAGUUCUUCAUGCUAACCCCCUUACAAUGUUUCACGUGCGUAUGUGGGGGAGGCGGAACUAUUUUUACCGCCAUGAUACUAAGGAAAAAAACCAUUUUCUGUUGAAAUAAAGAGAUAUUUAAGAAUAGAAGGAAUCAAGUCACUUUGUGAUGCGGGAGGAAGUAAAGGAUAAAUAUAUAGAAAAUAGUAAUCUAGUUGAACAGUCCUAGAGAAAGUAACUAGUAUCCUUUCCAAAGAAUAGACUUUAAAAACUGAGCAAACGUUAGGUCACCUUUCAUUACUCUAAGGUAUUGUUGAAGUUUCUGUGUUGUGGUCCCUUGACAUAAUUUAUUUUCCUGCAGAUUACACCUAUUUUGAGUCCCUUUGCUAAACUGACUCAGCAAGGCCUCCCUGUAGUGAUGUUCAUGGGGUCUAAUAAAUGUGAAUGAGUUGUCAUUGGUAGGAGUCAACUACACUAAAAAAGUUUUGCUGGCAACUUUCAAGCAAAUGCUCCUGCUGAAGAGUUGGUUGCUUAGUAAAUGAGAGAGAUGCUCCACAAGCUGCUCUGGGGACUGAAGCUUCCUGGCGCUACCCAGUCAGGCAGAUCUAGAGUCUGUCACCUGGAGAGCAAGGCUUGGGGUGAAGUGUGGCGUGUUGGUGAUUACUUCCUGCUGCUGCACUACAAGUUUUACAUUUUUAUUUCUCUACUACCGUUUAAAAAAAGACACCUGAGCACAGACUGUACUCCUGUGAAGUGCAUCUUGGCUUCAGAAAUGCAUAUAUACAGCCUGAAAUCGGGAGGCAGAAAAGAAAAAAGAAUCAUUGAGGGCUGGAACCUGAGGAUGGAGACAAGUAGAGAGGGUUUACAAGGUCAGGAUUGAGUUUUGCAUUUAGCAGAACACUUCAAGUCAGACUCAAAAAAGCUGUGAAGGAAGGAAAUCCAUAUGUGUGGAAAUCCUAAUGGAAGUCGGUGGAGGAGAGUGGGAAGGCGGCCAGGGAGUCUCGGAUCCAACCGCAAGGUCAACCCUAUCAUUUUAUUAACACAGAACCCACGUAGAUAGGGGAAGGAGUAAGUUAGGAACUCACAGAAUACAAACGUGAGCCCUCUCUUGGAACCCAAUUGUGGGUGUAGCAAUGAAAGCAAUACGAUAUGCUGCAGGGUGAAGCUCCUUUGGGGGUUAUUGUAUGUAUAAAGUUUACCUUCUAAUGGCUCAAAAUGUAUUUAAUUGUUUUCCGUUUUGUUUAUAAAUGAAAAAAAGCUAUAAGUAUAAUGUAAUUAUUUUAUAGGUAUCCUAUUAAAUUAUAGAACAAAUAAAGAUACUCUAGGAUUAUAUGUGA